AUGAUCAGACCUCGCCCUCUUGUGCAGCUCCACCUGCAAGUGAUCCCAUCCCUAGUUAGCGCUCGGACCAGCCCAAAACCUUACGUCGUGCCAGUGAUUCCUACCCCAGACCUAGUGUCAUCACGUCUAAAAAGAGUGUGGAACUCAUUUGCUGUAAUUCCAUCGCCAGCAGACUCAAGGUUCUUCAUCAAUUCUUUUUGUUCCUGCGCAGCAAGUUCAUACCUCGACGAGGGUACUGGCAGGUUCCUACAGACGAUCGGUGAUAAUGCGCAUCUUGCUUUCCAACAAGUGUUAUCGGUGGUCUUAUCCCUCCAUGAGUACACCGCCGCCUCCGUGUAUGCCCCUCUUCCACCCUCCUCGGCACACAGGCAGCACGGAUAUAGAAAGUCAUGUUCUUCACGGUACUUCUUGAAGUUCGACGGUAGCACCUUCUUUCCCUCGUCAUCGUUGGGCCUGCAUUUGUGGGCCAUGUCAACGCUUAAAUGUGCUGGUUCAGCUUUUUCUGCCGCCGUCAAGUGCGCCAGCCCUGGUCUAUGCUGCCAGGAUUCUGCCCUGUGGGAAUAUAGCCAUGUUCGUUGUUGGAUGAAAUUGCUUCCCAUGGAUCAGACCGAUUCAUCUGGGAGACGUUUCAAAUGCACUUGCACACCAAAAGACUUCCUAGGAGCUGCAAAACGGUCCCGGCUGGAGGUCAAGAAUGCUCCCAUUAGCAUGGCGCUUUCGAGUACGGAGCUCCGCUGCCCGCAAUCCUCGUCCGUGUCUUCCGAUCAGGUUCACAAGUCGUUCAGCGAGGAGUCUCCCAGCACUUAUCCAGCUCCGUCGGUAGCGCACCCCCCCCAGGAUGUGUCAUAUGGAGGUUCUUCUUUACAUGACGAUCUGCCCGUCCCAGUACCCAAUGCCAAUCUUGGCACAGCGUCUAUGGAGAUAGAUGAAGGCUCAUCCCUGGCCCAGCGCAGAACCAAACUGUUGGUGUUCGCAUGCCGCAGCGCUUUAGACAGUAUGAAGAUAUACUUCCGCAGCCUCCUCCAAGCGCUCCAAGCCAUGCUGCUCAACAACUGA